AUGCCCAGGCAGAGCUCACCUCUGCCUGUGGAAGAGCAGGGCCAGGAAGCUGGGCAGGAGCAGGGGAAGGGCAACAGAAAGAUUCAAGGAAGUGGAAUGGCAACCCCUACCUUGCUGCUGGCUUUCUCGAAAUUUCCUGAACAAGAGAGUCAAGAUAUUUCCCAAGCAGCUGAACGAAUGGAAAUGUCAAUUCAGGUGCUGAAACAAAAAGUUUGCCAGAAGCACAAACGUUCAUUGCAUCCAGCUGAUCGUUUAUCAGCUGAUCUGCUCACUAUGAUUGCUAAUAUUUCUGGAUGUCUGCCUUAUAUGUUGCCACCAAAAUGUCCAAAUAAUUGCUUAGCUAAUAAAUAUCGACUCAUCACUGGUGCCUGCAAUAACAGGGAACAUCCUAGAUGGGGAGCAUCCAACACAGCUUUGGCUAGGUGGCUUCCAGCAGCCUAUGAAGAUGGCCUCAGCCAGCCUCGAGGAUGGGAUCCCAGUGUCCGAUACAAUGGAUUCCAGCUACCCUCGGUUCGUGAAGUGACAAGAAAAAUUAUUCAUGCACCUAAUGAGGCUGUUACUGAAGACAACCUGUAUUCUGAUAUCAUUAUGGUAUGGGGACAGUACAUAGACCAUGACAUUGCAUUCACACCCCAGAGCACAGGGAGAACCAGCCUCCUAAGUGGGAUGGAGUGCCAGAUGACUUGUGAAAAACAAAAUCCAUGUUUUCCAAUAAAGGUAACCACCAACGAUACAUUAUCUGCAGGGAUGGAUUGCCUGCCCUUCUACCGCUCAUCUCCUGCAUGCGGCACCGGUGAUCAUGCUGUUCUCUUUGGAAAUAUAUCAGUGCUAAAUACAAGACAACAGAUCAAUGGUUUAACUUCUUUCCUCGAUGCCUCUACAGUCUAUGGCAGCACCCCUGCUGUUGAAAACAAACUGAGGAAUUUAACAAGCAAUGAAGGCCUUCUUAGAGUAAACUUAAAGUAUGAUGACAACCAUCGGGAAUACCUGCCUUUUACAGAUCGGAUCCCAUCCCCUUGUGCACAAGACCCAAGUGCGAGUGGAGGUGAGAGGGUGGAAUGUUUUCUGGCCGGGGACAGCCGCUCCAGCGAGGUCACAUCCCUGGCUGCCAUGCACACGCUGUGGCUGAGGGAGCACAACCGCCUGGCCCGGGCCCUCAAGCGCAUCAAUGGCCACUGGAGCUCAGAGACCGUCUACCAAGAGACGCGCAAAAUUGUUGGUGCUCUGCAUCAGAUUAUUACUUUAAGAGAUUACAUUCCCAAAAUCAUUGGUCCAGAUGCUUUUAAUCUGUAUAUUGGCCUUUAUACAGGUUAUGAUCCCACAAUGAAUCCUACGGUUUCUAACAUAUUUUCAACAGCUGCUUUUCGUUUUGGUCAUGCAACAAUCCAGCCAAUAGUGAGGCGAUUGAAUGCACAAUAUUUAGACGAUCCUGAACUCCCAAAUCUUCAUUUGCAUGAAGUUUUCUUUAGUCCUUGGAGGCUCAUUAAAGAAGGAGGCUUGGAUCCUUUAAUAAGGGGUCUUCUAGCACAUCCAGCAAAACUGCAGGUACAACAUCAACUGCUGAAUGAGGAGUUAACAGAAAAACUGUUUGUGUUGUCCAAUAAUGGUUCGCUUGAUUUAUCGUCACUGAAUUUACAACGCGGCCGUGAUCAUGGACUCCCAGGUUAUAAUGAAUGGCGGGAAUUCUGUGGUUUACCAAAACUGGAAACUCACACUGACCUGAAUGCAGCAAUAACCAAUCAAAAUGUCACUGAAAAAAUCAUGGAAUUGUACCAUAAUCCUAACAAUAUUGAUGUUUGGCUUGGCGGUCUCAUGGAAGACUUUCUUCCAGGUGCUAGAACUGGUCCCCUGUUUGCGUGUAUAAUUGGAAAGCAAAUGAAAGCACUGAGGGAUGGUGACCGAUUUUGGUGGGAAAAUGAUAAUGUUUUCACAGAAGCUCAAAGGCAUGAACUCCAAAAACAUUCACUGUCCCGCGUGAUUUGUGACAACACAGGAAUUUCUGAAGUGCCAGCAGAUGCCUUUCAACUUGGAAAGUUUCCAAAGGAUUUUAAGCACUGUAACAAUAUACCCGGGAUGAAUUUAGAAACUUGGCAAGAAUUUUAUCACGAAGAUGAACUAUGUGGAACACCAAAAAGUGUGGAAAAUGGUGAUUUUGUAUACUGUUCAGAAUCUGGAAAAUCUACAGUGACUUAUACAUGUCAUUAUGGAUUUCAGUUACGAGGAGAAGAGCAAUUAACCUGCACAAGCAAUGGAUGGACCUUUGAGGCUCCAGUUUGUAUAGACAUCAAUGAAUGUGAAAAUGAAAUUAAUCCACCAUGCCCUCCUUCUGCUGUAUGCAUUAACACUAAGGGUAGCUACAAAUGUCUCCUGACUGAUCCCUACAAGCUGGCAGGAGAUGGAAGAACAUGCUUUGGUAAUGGUGAACCUACUGUCCAUUAA